AUGGUCCGUUUCAGUUUCUUCACCGCUGGCGCCUUUGCCGCCAACGUGAUGGCCCAAGCAAACUCGGCACAGUUUGUCAACACCACGUGGGACACAGUUCACGUGGGACAGAUCUGGCCAAUUCAAUGGUCUCCCGGCGAUGGGAGCCCAGUGUCACUCUUUCUCGUCAACUCCACGUGGAUCUCGAACAUUUUUGUCAAUCGUCCCGUCGUUCCGAGUUUGUACGAAUGGAACAUCUCAGCCCCGACUGGAAUCUGGCCGGGCUCCUAUUCUUUGGGGCUUUCCCAAAACGGCGAGGUAGUCUACUCACCCAGGUUCGACAUUGAGGCGGCCAGUGAUGAUGAUGGUAUUACUACCACCAUCACCACUACCGUCACUCCAACUCCAACUGGAUUCCCAAGCACCACACCCACUGUGAAUGCCACUCUGAUCAGUGUGACACCCGAUGCUACCGUCACCGUCACCUACUGGGACGAGUCGUGCGGUUGCAAAAAGAAGACGGUGGUUCCAGCGGCUACUGCCAGCAACGUGCCAGGGGGCACGUACACAUGGUACGACAGUGCUUGUGGAUGUACCAAGAGUGCCGUUGUGCCUGCGCCGACCUUUACGACUAGCUGCUACAAUUGGACAGCUCCACCAGCGCCUUCCAGAUCAUGGGCGGAUUGGAACUCGACCCCGGUAGCUCCCACUCCUGUUGGCCAGGAGUACACUGGCGAUGCAACCAAAUUGUUUGAGUCGGGAUUUGGAUUGAUUGUUCUCGUUGCUGCCGCGAUUCUCUUGUAA